AUGAAUUUUGCAUUCUUUGCUUAUUUACAACUGCAGCUUCUAUUGCUUUUUUGGAUCGGACUAAUCCGAGGCUCUAAAAAUGAAAGUAUUCGGGUGAUUUCGAUUGUUGAAAACUUUAGUAACAGUGCGCAGUGGGAGUUUCACUCAAAAUCGGUGAGGCGUGUACAUAUUUCUAAAAAAACAUGGGAGGAUUAUUUGAAAUAUAAAGAACAGACAUGUCGAUUAGAAAAUGAGAAUGAUGCAGAAUCAAAAGCAAAGGGUUAUCUAAACUGGGAAGAAAUGGCUUUUCAUAAAAGUUUACGCUUAAAAUUACUUCCGCAUUGGUCUCUAGGUGAUCCAUUAUCUUAUGAAGAUGCAGUCAUGCUAUCAAACGUAGACAGUCGUCUACUUUUACCAGAACCAGAAUCACUUUGCAAAUUUGGUUUAGCUGAUGAUAACGAACAUCAUGAAGUCACAGAUAAAAGUCGUUUUGAAGAUACACUCAUCAGUCGGCAAAAUGAACGAGACUUGGAAAUCGGAGGUGUCAGCAUUGUAGAACCAUGUGUUCACGUUUGA